UCGACUCUCGAAUCGGGGGUCAGUAUUUGUCGUGUUGUCGGUAUUGCUGUGAAUAUUAUAUAUUUGAAUACAACUUGCAAUCCGCGUCUUUGAUCUUGUUAGGUUAGAAUACGCAAUUCAUUCGUAUUGUGCAAUAAUCUGCAUCGUUAGUUUCAAAACUUAACAAUUCUUUGUUUAUUUGAUAAAUACGUUCAAUUAUGGUGUGGGUGGUUAAGCCGAUGAUCGCUGAUAUGUACAAUAUGGUGACUAUCAGCCAGUUCAGCAUAUCAUCCGAUUCGUAUUAUGGUUACGUGCCAUGCUUCAAGCGUGAAGAUCAGCAAGAAUCCCCAUCAAGGCACGACUCCCGAUUAGAAACCGUCGAUAGUACUCAGCAAUGCUGCUUCUGGCGAUUGCAAAAGGAACAAUUGCAAGAGCAACGAUCGCUAGAGCAACAGGAGAUGAGAUUUUGUGGUCAUAAGCGCAAGUUUUGUGAUUAUCUGUCGCGGGAUCAUGAACUAGCCAUUCCACAAGUAAAAAAAUGUCGAAAGGAGACCACAGCGAUGUUUGUAUCGCCUAGAAUACAAGACAUGGAUUGGGAUUGUGAUUCAAAUACUAUGAGCACUAAUCCAACUAAUAUAGUUAAUUGCAGUACUUUAGAACAACAACCCUCAUCAAGUACAGGCUGCUACCAGGUAGCAGGUAAUUCUAGUUUGAUAAGUAAACAAGAUCAUAAUCAUAGCGAUGGUGAUGUACUGAACAGAAGCAACAUCGAGUAUGAGAAGUUAUUAUUCACGACUCAUGGUUGUUCUGUAUACCAUCACCAACGCGCACAGUUACUUGACAAUCGUAUGAUAACAGAAUUUUAAGAGACACAUCCGACUAAUCUGAGUUUCAUAUAUUCAUCUGACUACACCUACAUUUCUAUCUAUAUUUAUAUUUACAUACUAUAUAAGUCAUUACUUUGUACUUUUAUGGAAGAUAAUAAAUAAAUACUUUUUUAUGAUUGAAAGGAAA